UGUCCUGACUUACCUGCACUGCGGUGUGUUUUGUACGUACGGAUCGGUCGGACUCGCCCGCUCUUUUGGGGGUGCUCGCGCCAGCAAAUAUGCGGCCACGCUUGCUCUGGAUCGUUUUGCUGGUUGUCGCUCGUACGGCUUUGGCUGACGAGGGCUAUGAUUAUCCCAGACCAUCAAAACCGUUUAUACCAGGUGGCCCGGGUGGAGGUCCCGGUACUGGAGGAUUUCCAAGUCCACCCGGUGGAUAUCCAUCGGGCGGUGCACCUGGUGUCCCCGGGGGUCCUGGUGAACCUGGCGGACCUGGAAAACCUGGAGGUUUCCCGGGUGGCGGACCAGGACCAUCGGGCUUUCCAGGUGGACGUCCAGGAGGUACUCAACCGGGUGGGCAACAACCCGGGGGAUUUCCAUCGGGCCAAGGACCUUCUGGUGGUUACCCAAGUGGACGACCCUCUAUUCCAUUUCCGAGCGGUGAACCGACAGGUGGCGGAUAUCCUGGUAGCCGACCUGGUGGCCAAAGACCAGGGAGCUUUCCCUCAGGUCAAGGACCAAGCGGAGGUUAUCCCGGCGGACAAGCUCCUGGAGGUUAUCCCGGUGGAGAGCAGAAGCCUAGUGGGCCGGGAGGUGGAUAUCCUGGUAGAGAGCCAGGCGCUGGUUAUCCAGGAGGUGCUCAGAGACCUGGCGGUGGUACAGGUCCUCAGGGACCAGGCGGGUAUCCAGGUCCAGGAGGACCAAGCGGCCCUCAAGGUCCUGGAGGUCAGCAAGGCCCAGGUGGAACAUCUACCGGUGGUUACCCUGGUACUAGACCAGGUUCUCAAGGGCCAGGAGGCUAUCCAAGUGGGCCAGGAACUCAAGGUCCAGGAGGUUAUCCAAGUGGACCGGGAGCGCAAAAACCAGGAGGUUAUCCAAGUGGUCCAAGACCACAGGGACCAGGGGGCUAUCCAAGUGGACCCGGAACACAAAGACCAGGAGCACAGAAACCAGGCUAUCCAAGUGGCCCAGGACCACAAGGACCAGGAGGCUAUCCAAGUGGCCCAGGACCACAAGGACCAGGAGGCUAUCCGAGUGGUCCGGGACCACAAGGGCCAGGAGGCUAUCCGAGUGGUCCGGGACCACAAGGGCCAGGAGGCUAUCCGAGUGGUCCGGGACCACAAGGGCCAGGAGGCUAUCCAAGUGGUCCAGGACCACAAGGACCAGGAGGCUAUCCAAGUGGCCCGGGACCACAAGGGCCAGGAGGCUAUCCAAGUGGGCCAGCGACACAAAGACCAGGAACACAACGGCCGGGAGGUUAUCCGAGUCCAGGAUCACAAGGACCAGGAGGAUAUCCAAGUGGACAAGUUCCGCAAGGACCAGGCGGUUUCCCAAGUGGACCAGACACUGGUUUCCCUAUAGGACCUGGAGGACCUGGUGGACCUGGAGGACCUGGAGGACCUGGUGGACCUGGAGGACCUGGGGGACAUGGAGACACCGGAGAAUAUCACGGUGAUGAAGGAACAUACGACGAAGGAGAUUACUCGGCUAUUCCAGGAGAACCUGGUCGCGAUUAUCCUAUAUAUAGUGAUAUUCCGGAGACCAGCUUCAGUUGCGAUGCUCAACAAUUCCCCGGUUAUUACGCCGAUGUGGAAGCUCAGUGUCAAGUUUUUCACAUAUGUGUCAACAAUAAGACCUACGAUUUCCUUUGUCCGAACGGAACAAUCUUCCAUCAGCAAUUCUUUGUCUGUGUUUGGUGGAAUCAAUUCGAUUGUAACUCCGCGCAAAGCUUUUACUACUUGAAUGAAAAUCUGUACGAUUAUAAUAUAAUGGGAGCACCAGGCCAAGGAUUCCCAGGAAUUGAAGGACCAUUAGGGCCUGCUGGACCUGGUACAUAUCCAGGGGGUCCAGGAGGCCCAAGAGGGCCAGGAGGUCCGAGUGGUCCAGGUGGACCAAGCGGCCCAGGUGGUCCAAGUGGUCCGGGUGGUCCAAGUGGUCCCAGCUAUCCAGGUGGUCCGCAACAUCCUGGAGGUUAUCCAGAAGGACCGUCAGGCAGACCAAGCGGACCUGGUUUCCCAGGACGACCAGGAGGUCCAUCUGGUCCAGGUUAUCCUGGCCCAGGACCACAAGGUCCAUCAGGCCCUGAUUAUCAUGGUCCAGGACCGCAAGGUCCAUCAGGUCCUGGUUAUCCUGGUCCAGGACCGCAAGGUCCAUCAGGUCCUGGUUAUCCUGGUCCAGGACCGCAAGGUCCGUCAGGUCCUGGUUAUCCUGGUCAAAGACCGCAAGGUCCAUCAGGUCCUGGUUAUCCUGGGCAAAGACCGCAAGGUCCAUCAGGUCCUGGUUAUCCUGGUCAAAGACCGCAAGGUCCAUCAGGUCCUGGUUAUCCUGGCCCAGGUCCAUCAGGUCCAGGUUAUCCUGGCCCAGGAUCGCAGGGUCCAUCUGGUCCCAGCAGGCCAGGACCCGGAUAUUUAAGUCCUCCGUCAGGACCGUCAGGACCUCAAGGCCCUCAAGGACCUCAAGGACCAUCAAGACCUCAAGGCCCUCAAGGGCCAGGAGGAUAUCCUGGGAGACCUCAGGAACCAUCGGGUCCUACCGGACCGACGAGACCUCAAGGACCGAGUGGUCCUGGCGGUUAUCCGGGACCAAGCGGACCGUCUCCGGGAUAUCCAGGUAGUCAAGGAUCUCAGGGACCAAGAGGACCGCAGGGUCCAGGUGCUUAUCCGGGCCCAAGUGGACCCGGUGGUCGACCACAAGGACCUAGUGGACCAGAAGGAUAUCCUCCCAGCGGUAGACCAAGCGGUCCGUCAUUCCCACCUGGACCAGGUGGACCGUCCGGACCAGGAGGUAUCCCAGGAAAACCUCAAAAUGGGUCACCUUUCCCGCCACAGGGCCCCUCAAAACCAGAUCGUGAGUACUUGCCGCCAAGGGCUGGAUAAUCGUGAAUCUAAACGCUCCAGCCGGUAUCCAACAACGACUCCCACCGUUGUUAAUGCUGGAUGACACGUGUAAAUACGAGCCUCUUUACCUGUGUAAUCUAAGUGAUAUCGGUUAUUCGCAUUGCAUUCACUUUUACGUAUAGAGAAUUCAACUAUUCUGCUUGCGCGUUUAUUCAUCUUGAGGUUUCCGCGUUACCCAAUUAAAAGUUUAUAUGAUCAAGGUUAUUUGUUUCACCCAUAUUUCACGCUCCAGGGAAAUAAACUAGGAAAAGUAUAUUGUUUUACAAGAACAUACACAAAUUACAUGGUGGAUUCCUCUUCGUUUGAUUUUUUAUUAAACUUGAAUGCGCUUCACUGCAUUUGGCUUAUUUUGAACAUUAUAAUAUUAUGUUGAAAGCGAAUGCAAUCAAUUCGACGGAAACCUUACGAUGAAAGUAUGAGUAAAUAAUAUUAAGAUACAUACGCUGGAUGUAUUCGUCAAUGUUUGAUUCAACUCUACAAAUUCAAGUAUUACAAAAUUAAGCACAUUCGGUUUUUAUCAAUUAUUGUUAUAUACAAUAUAUAUAUACAAUUGAACGUUACGCUGAAAGCCAUUUCGUUAUAAUUGGCAUCUAUGUGUAGUAAAGAGACACUUAUUGACGUUAUUAUUGGUAAUGAUAUUAUCAAUUUUCAAUACAGUAAUUAUAAAGAUUAUUAGAGUAUCGUAAUAAUGCGCACAAAUGAGCGUUGAUGGAUACAUGCAGUUUUUAAGUAUUACAACACGACGUAUUUAUUUAUUCAGCUUUAAUAAAAAUAUGAACGUUAUCAUUACGACUUUACUGUCAAAAAGAGACCAACCGGCCGUCAUGCGGAUGUCAUCGAUACACGGAUUCUUGUACAAUUAGAGUUAUUAAUUGAACCUAAUUGAACGCUUGGAAGCAUAAUCAAACGUCACGCAUAUUUUAAGGCAAUUUCCUGUCUUAUACAAAGUGUCAUAUAAUUGCACAAUUUCAAGGCGAUUACUUCGUCGCUCACGGUCUGUCAAGCGCAAAACCGCCAACACACACGCGCGCGCAUACACACACAAUGACAUUUCUAACGAUCUGUGCGACGUACAUUGUUAGUUUGAUCCGAGAGGGAGAGCUGCAUGUGUAUCUGUAAGAUUACAAAAUAGUAUUCCUUAGGAAGUAAUUUACGAACGAAUUAUAGAGAUAUGAAAAUUUCCACGGCGGAGCUAAUCUUCUUCAUAGGAACAUUGUACACGAGCACUACCGCGAGACAUGUAAUAUGUCGGACGUAACCUUCCGACAGACGUAGCCUGACUAUCGAUUCCGAUCAAAUUUCGCGUCCAUGGAAGCACCGUGUCCGGUGCACACGCGCUAUUCUAAUUGUUACACGCUAGCGCGUUCAGAGAAUAAUCGCGUCCAGAGAGAGAAUCCGAUUUCCCGAUUUAAACAGCAUAUCAUUGUCAUAUACGUAGUUAAGC